AAUAUGAUCACCACCGUUAUUUAAAUCCUUGGCUGUGCCAAUGCUGGCUCCUAAAUCAUAUACUCGUGAAGAUGUGGUCGAGAACCAGCGCCAUCGGAAUGAUGUGUGUAUGCGUCGUGUGUUGAAGGCUUGUUUAGGAGCUGGAGCCAGGGUUGCUGAACCAGGGGGGCUUCUCUUCUUUAGUCAGAUCAUUGAGAUGAUAGUGCAUGAGUUGCUUACUGAGAUAGAGGCUCGUUUAGAUUUUAAGGAUGAGAUGCCAUCACUAGAUUUCAACCUAAUUAUUGAUAGAAUACAUGCCAUGUCAUCACUAGAUUUCAUCCUAAUUAUUGAUAGAAUACAUGCCAUGUCACAAGAUGUAGAGCAUGCGCUGGAGACUGCCAAUUAUGACAAGCUUCUCCAAUCAGGAUUGCAGAAAGCUGAUUUCUUGUGUAAUUCAUAUUUUAUACCCCAAAGAUAUCAGAAAAGCAACAGAGCAGUUUCCAACUUUUGAUCAUUCAGUUGGAUCUUACCAUAUGUACCAGUCAUUCAUUGUUCUUUGAUAGUAAGAUACAUGGAGCUGUUGGUCUUUACAUGUUUGGAGAUAGUAUAUGCAUUGUAACUUUAAGGUUAAUUAUUAAUGAUGCAGUCGCCUCUAUUUUCAAAAUCUUGCAUAUGGAAAUUGUUGGCUGUCCAAAUGUUGGAAAGUCAAGCCUCUUUAAUGCAUGGAGCAAAGUACGUUGUUAUCUCCCCUUUCUUCAUAUUGCAUAAUUUAUUUAUAUGGCCAUUACUCAGUUUUGAUCUGGUUCAUGUCUGUGUCACAUCAUCUAAACAAUUUGUAUGACAUAUGAACUCUUAGUCCUUUUACCUGCUUACUGGUACUUUCACAUGGACAUGGCAUGGCAUCUAUUUCAACGCCAUGUCUUACUUUUAGCGUGCAGAGUGAGAGGGCAAUAGUUAAAGAGAUUGCAGGAAUCAUUAGGGAUGCGGUGGAAGCCAGUGUUACUGUUUCAGGUGUCCCUGUAAUGCUUCUUGAUACUG